GACUUACGACCCGAAGGAGCCACGUGAUGCAACUGGCGAUGCCAAGAAUCAGGGCGAAGAGGAGGACAGCUAUGAGGAGGAGAGCUACGAAGAGGAGGCGAGUCCAGGCGAGGCCAAGGCCGAGUUGAAGCCCGCCCCCAAGGCGCCAAGCCCGACGAAGGAGAAGAAGGAGGAGGAACCUUCGGAUCCCCCGCCGCCCUCGGAGCGUCGUCGGGACAACUCCGAGAAGUCCGAGCCUCCCCUGAGGCGGUCCGAGAAGCGACCCGUUGAGGAGAUCGAUGAUGACAGCGACGAUCAGGAGCUUCGCAAGCUGUCCAAGACCGACCUAAGCGAUGUCAGGGACAAGCGGAAG